AUGACAAAAACACUAAAUAUUCACAAUUUUUCAAGAUUAUUUAGAACCAUAUUUCAUAUAAAUACGAAAUGUGCAUGGUCACAAGUAAAACAUCAAAAUGUCACAUUUAAAUCACCAAUUGUACGAUCUAUGGCUACAUUUGACCGAUCAAAACCUCAUUUAAAUAUUGGAACUAUUGGCCAUGUUGAUCAUGGAAAAACCACUCUUACUGCGGCCAUAACAAAAUGUCUUUCAACAAUUAAUCAAACAUCUUUUAUGGAUUAUUCACAAAUUGAUAAAGCACCAGAAGAAAAAGCACGAGGAAUAACAAUCUCGACAUCUCAUGUUGAAUACGAAACGAAAUUACGGCAUUUUUCACAUGUUGACUGUCCAGGUCAUGCCGAUUAUAUUAAAAAUAUGAUUACAGGUGCUGCUCAAAUGGAUGGUGCAAUUAUUGUCGUAUCAGCUACGGAUGGUUCUAUGCCUCAAACCAAAGAGCAUCUACUUCUUGCUCGUCAAGUUGGUGUUAAGCAUAUUAUUGUUUUUAUCAAUAAAGUAGAUGCAGUUGAUGAUAAAGAAAUGCUCGAACUAGUAGAAAUGGAAAUAAGAGAACUUCUCUCGACUUAUGGAUAUAAUGGAGAAAAAACACCAAUUAUUAUGGGGUCUGCUUUAUGUGCUUUAGAAGGUAGAGAAAAAGAAAUUGGCGAAGAUUCUAUUUGGAAAUUAAUGGAUGCAAUCGAUAACCACAUACCUAUCCCAGAAAGAGAUAUUCAAAAACCAUAUCUUAUGCCAAUAGAAGAUAUUUUUUCGAUUUCUGGAAGAGGAACAGUUGUAACCGGCCGCGUAGAACGUGGUGUUCUAAAGAAAGGGGAAGAAGUAGAACUAGUUGGAUUUGGUCAACCAAUAAAAACAAUAGUUACUGGAAUCGAAGCUUUCAAUAAAGAAUUAGACAAAUCUAUAGCUGGCGAUAAUUGUGGAUUACUUCUUCGUGGUACUAAAAGAGAGCAAAUUCGUAGAGGAAUGGUAGUUUCUCGUCCAGGAACACUCAAAUCUUAUAAAAAGUUUCUUGCUUCUUUCUACAUUCUUACAAAAGAAGAAGGAGGACGUAAGACAGGAUUUGUCAAUUAUUAUCGUCCACAAAUGUUUGCUCGUACUUCAGAUGUUACUGUUGUACUUACACACCCUGAAGGAACCGAAGAUGCAGAUUCUAAAAUGGUUAUGCCCGGAGAUAAUGUUGAACUUGUUUGUGAACUAAUCCAUGAUAUUGCUCUAGAAGAAGGUAUGCGGUUCACUAUUAGAGAAGGAGGAAAAACAGUAGGAACAGCUAUUAUCACAAAAAUUUUGGAAUAG